AUGGACUGCCGCGGCGGGAACAGUGUUCUGCAACUGACGAGGAGGAUCGACUCUUCUCUCAGGUUUGGCAAGAAACUGGAGAACAAAGUGUCGCCAAGGGACGAGGCCUCCGCGUUUCUUUAUACCAAUGUGCCCAAUGCGCCCAAUGUCCAGCCUACGCCAUUGGCCAUUCCAAGUAUCACCCUGAACAAAGCCGCUUCUAGCUCCACUUGUAGCUCUACUUCUAGUCACGCACACAAUAAUGUAAACUACUGUGCAAAUAAUGACAGCGGGUACGACCUCGUGCGUGAGUUCAAGAAGAUAAACGAACCUGCACCGCCUACAAACAACUACAACUUCACCAGACAUGUGCCUGUAUCACAUAGACCCAUUGGGUUUUCGCCCAGGACCAUGGGGUUGCAACAACCUUUGAACUUGGAUGGGUCGUUUGACUGGGAACGUGAAUUUGCGCAAAUUGAAGGUGAAUUAGGCGAGUCUCAGAACGUCCUAGAGGGCACUACUGUAUCCUACGGGGGAGAAAGAGAGCACCAGGAAUCGGUGCAUUCUACAUCGACAGUCGGCUACCACUAUUCUUCAGACCUAGAAGAAGACUGCCUUAACAUCUACGACUACGUGUCAAGCAAGGCGACUUCAGUACACUCUGAGGGUAAUACAUGCUCAGCAGGCCCGGGAUUGGCUCGCUCCCCAUCAUACCGCAAUCCGCUAACAAGAGACGCCUAUGUUUUCAAUACAGAAAACAAGUACUUGAACUCAUCCCCAAGCGCUUACGAAAUUGCAUGCAUCUUGAUGGAAAACAAUUGCAACUUAAGUGAGAUAAUUUUGGCUUUUGAAGCGGCCUUGCAAGAGCAUGAACAACAACACAUGGUCGACUGUUGGUACAGAUUGGGGAUAGUGCAAUUACAAAACGAACAGGAAGAAAGCGCUAUGGAUGCUUUCCAACACGCGCUUGAGCUUGAACCAGGUCAUUUGGAGGCAUUGAAGUUACUGGCUGUGUCGCAUAUAAACCAAGGUAACGCAGUAGAGGCAACCGUGUGUCUCUCACGUGCUUUAGAACUAAAAGGCGUUACAAUAUCGAACUGGCCCCAGGAACUGUCAAUUCUUAACGUCCGGGAGACGAUGGAAAAUGUUCUACUAGAUAUACCUUCUACCGCUAUAAAUAUUACAAGAGACAAGGAUAUACUGACCGUUUUAGCACUCUUUAACUAUCUGCUGGGCAGAUCAGAUAACGCCAUAAAAUGCUUUGAAAAACUUCUAGAACAGGAUCCCAAGGAUGAAAUAACUUGGAACCACCUAGGUGCCACCCUGGCUAACUCCAAACGUUACGACACAGCCAUUCAAGUUUAUAUGAACACUAUUGAGUUGAAACCCUCUUUUGUCAGAGCGCGGUACAAUCUGGGAAGCACUUUAGUGAAAAAUGGCGAAUUGCAAAGGGGAAUAGAGAGUUUGCUCACAGCUUUAGUCAUGCAGGGCUCCCCAAUUCCCCCAAUAGCGACGAACCUUGAGUCGUUUAUCGAACACCUAAUUUUCACUGAGGCACAGGGCAAAAAUACCAUUGUGACCUCUCUGAAGAAUGCAUUAUUGAAAAUACCUGAUGAUGAUAUCGAGCUAAAAACAAAUAUAGAGAAUCGCAUUCGCUUGAUAUUGUCUUGA